AUGUUUCGUACAUCUCUAUUCGAUAAAAGUCUGGAAAAUGCCACCAGCAAUCUUAACCUUGAGCCCGACUGGCAGGCGAUACUGGUCAUUUGUGAUACAAUCCGGCAGGGCGACGUGAACGCAAAGUAUGCUGUCCAGGCACUGAAAAAGAAGAUGCAAUCGCCAAACCCGAUCACGGCCAUGUACGCACUUUUGACGCUGGAAAGCAUCGUCAAGAACUGCGGUACGCCGGUGCACGACGAGAUAGCGAACAAGACAAACUGCGAGUUGUUCCAGAAUUUGGUCAACACUACAAAGCACGAGGAAGUACGGGCGAAGAUGCUCGAACUUAUACAGGCUUGGGCGUACGCGUUCCGAUCGACCAUAAAGUAUCGCUCGAUAAAGGAUACGAUGAACAUUUUGAAAACGGAAGGCCAUAAGUUUCCGGAACUGAAGGAAGCGGAUGCCAUGUUUUCUUCGGACAUUGCUCCCGAUUGGGUGGACGGAGACGUUUGCCAUCGAUGCCGUUCGCAGUUUACGUUCACCGUACGCAAACACCACUGUCGAAACUGUGGUCAAGUCUUUUGCGCUCAAUGCUCGUCGAAGAACAGCACGCUGCCAAAGUUCGGCAUUGAGAAGGAGGUGCGCGUGUGUGAUGGGUGUUACGCGCAACUUCAGCGUCCGACAGCAACGCUGACGAAGAAACCUACCGAGGAAGAAGACCUGCCGGCGGAAUAUCUGACCAGCUCGCUGGCCCAGCAGGCACAGGGUCCGGCACGCAAGACGGACGAGGAGCUACGGGAAGAGGAGGAGUUGCAGUUAGCCCUGGCAUUGAGUCAAUCGGAGGCCGAAACGAAGCAACAGACUCAGACGCGACGUGUGACUACGUUUCACAAGGCACCGGAAUCACCGGAACCGCAAACUCCCCAAGCACAGGUUAAACGAAGCCCAUCGCCUGUUGAGGAACCGCCAGCAGAUCCGGAGUUAGCUCGGUAUCUGAAUCGUAAUUUUUGGGAGCAACGGCAGGUAAUGGAUUCACCGGCUUCUCCAUCAGCGCCAAGCCCGAUGCCGAGCCCGAUGCCAUCGAUGCAGCCAAGCCUCCUGACAAAGAGCGCACCGGAAGACGCAGAGAUUGAUGAGUUUUCUAACAUGAUGAAAACACAGGUGGAAAUCUUUGUGAAUCGCAUGAAGUCAAACUCCAGCCGUGGUCGAAGCAUUUCGUGCGACAGUUCUGUGCAAACGCUGUUCAUGAAUCUGACCUCACUGCACGCCCGUUUGCUCACGUUCAUUAAGGACAUGGACGAUAAGCGUAUGUGGUACGAGCAGCUGCAGGACAAGCUUACGCAAAUAAAAGAUUCGCGCGCUGCGUUGGAUGUGCUGCGUCAGGAGCAUCAAGAGAAGCUGCAACGCAUUGCCGAAGAACAGGAACGUCAGCGACAAUUGCAGAUGGCCCAGAAGCUGGAGAUCAUGCGCAAGAAGAAGCAGGAAUAUCUGCAGUACCAGCGGCAGGUGGCUCUGCAGCGCAUUCAGGAACAGGAGCGCGAAAUGCAGAUGCGGCAGGAACAACAAAAGGCUCAGUACCGCAUGGGAACGGCAUUUCCGUUCAUGGCCCCUGGUCCGGCACCGGGUCAGGGACCUCAAGGAUCUCCCGUGCACGUUGGUGGUGUUCCCGGUGGAUAUCCGGGUCCAGGGUAUGGACCGUACGGUCCAAUGCCCCCAACGAACGGUACUCUUCCACACUAUCAGCAGCAACAACAACAGCAGCCACCGCAACAAAUGUUUUCGCCUCAGCACACCGGGCAGUAUGGAAUGCCAGGUGCCAGUGCACCGGGAGCUGAUGGACAGGUUCCAAUGCAGCAGGGGCCGAUGCAGCCACCACCACCCGGUGGAGCUGGGAUUAUUCCCCCAGGGAUGAAUGUGAUGCCUGGACAGGUACCACCGCCUGGUACUAUGAAUAUGCCCGGCGGAGGUCAUAUGUCGGGAGCGCCGAUGAUGGGCCCUCCGCAACAACCUCAACCUCAACCAUCCCAGCAGCAACAACCCCAACAACAACAGCAACUACCAUCCCAACAGUCGGGUUUAAUGGGUGGGAACCCAAUGCAACCGCAGAACGAUCUUCAGCAACAACAGGGACAGGUUCCGCCACCCGUCGCAAUGCCCCCCGUAGUCCAGAUUCCACCCGCUCCAAUGGUUUCUGUGCCUGAGGCAGCACCUGCUGCUGCCGUUGCACCACCUCCUUCACAAGCACAACCAGUCCCAUUGUCCGAACCAGCUACAGCGGAAUUAAUUAGUUUUGAUUAA